ACCUGUGUUGUGAGAUAUUAGUGUGUGAAAUAAUGGAGUAUGGCUGAUAGAGGCGGUCAGAAUAUGACCCACUUCUGCCGACCGUAUAUUGGAAAUACAUGAUCGGAUUAUCGCAGAAACUCCUCUGGGGGUUCGCCAACACCUAGGAAUGGGGCGCUUUUGCAAACUGCUGCUCAUCUGCGGCAUUUUAGCGUUCUGUGAAGGAAUACCUAUGUUAUUGUUUGCUAACAGGAAGGACAUACGGAUCAUUGAUGCCGAAAACGCACAAGGAAACUCGACAGUUAUUAUUUCCAAUCUCGAAGAUGCAGCCGCAGUUGAUUUUCUGUUUAGCGAUGGUGCUAUCUACUGGACCGACGUCAGCUUGGAAGUUAUUAAGAGAACUUACGUGAACGAUUCGCAGACCAGUGUUAAUGUGAUAGACACAGGGCUUGUCUCCCCUGAUGGUCUGGCCUGCGAUUGGCUGGGCAAAAAGUUAUAUUGGACCGACUCAGAGACUAAUCGUAUUGAAGUUAGUCAUUUAGACGGAACCUAUCGAAAAGUGCUAUUCUGGGAAAAUUUGGAUCAGCCUAGAGCGAUUGCGCUUGAUCCACCUAACGGGUAUAUGUAUUGGACAGACUGGGGCGAAACACCAAAAAUAGAACGAGCGGGUAUGGACGGAAGUAUCUGGAGUCGCAAAGUUAUCAUCGGUGACAAUAUUUUUUGGCCAAACGGCUUGACGUUGGAUUACACCGAUUCUAAAAUAUACUGGGCAGACGCCAAACUUAGUUUUAUUCAUAGCUGUGAUUUCGACGGAUCCAACCGCCGCGAGGUGGUGGCGGGGGAACGUUCCUUACCCCACCCGUUUGCCCUGACGUUGUGUGACGACACGUUGUACUGGACGGACUGGCAGACGCGGUCUAUCCACAGCUGUAACAAGCUGACAGGAGAACAGCAGUGGGUUGUUCAUGAAAACAUAUUCUCCCCCAUGGAUAUUCACGUGUUCACGGCAAAGAGACAGCCAAAAGGCGUGAAUCCAUGCGGCUCCAACAAUGGCGGAUGCUCACACCUCUGUCUGAUGUCGCCACGGAAACCAUACUACGUGUGUGCGUGCCCGACCGGCGUGCAGUUGCUGUUGAACAACAAGACGUGCGCCGAUGGAGCCCAGGAAGUUCUGUUUCUGGCGAGAAGGACGGACCUGCGUCAGAUUUCUCUGGACACACCGGACUACACGGACGUGGUGCUGCCACUGAAGGACAUCAAACACGCCAUCGCCAUCGACUACGACCCCGUGGACCGCAAGGUGUACUGGACGGACGACGAGGUCCGCGCGAUACAGAGAGCCAAUCUGGACGGGUCAGACCAAGAGGUUCUAGUGAGCACUGAAGUGGACCAUCCUGAUGGAAUUGCCGUUGACUGGAUCGGACGGAACUUGUACUGGACAGACACAGGGACCGACAGGAUUGAAGUGGCUAGGUUGAACGGAACAUCGAGGAAAGUCCUUCUGUCGGAUAACUUGGACGAACCACGAGCUAUUGCCUUAGAUCCUGUUAACGGACAUAUUUACUGGACUGACUGGGGCAAACGUCCCAAGAUAGAACGUGCGAAUCUCGAUGGAUCAGGAAGAGUAACUCUAGUGAACACGUCCCUCGGCUGGCCUAAUGGGUUGUCUCUCGACCUGGUUGCUAGGAAGAUGUAUUGGGGUGAUGCCAAAGACGACCAGAUUGAGAUGGCUGAUCUGAACGGUACAACCAGAAGUGUGCUGGUCUCGGAGAAUCUGCCACACAUCUUUGGAUUCAGUCUCUUAGGGGAGUAUGUGUACUGGACUGACUGGCAGAGCCGUUCCAUUGAGCGAGUUAACAAACAUACAGGGAAGAACCGCAAAGUCAUCACAGAACAGCUGCCAGAUCUGAUGGGAUUAAAAGCAAUCAGUGUACACAUACCUGAAGGCACCAAUCCGUGUGCGGAGAACAAUGGAGGCUGUAGCCACCUGUGUCUCUUCCGGCCGAAGGGGCCGGUGUGUGCGUGUCCCAUGGGGCUGGAGCUCAUCAGCAAUGGCAAGAUGUGCAUCGUCCCCGAGGCGUUCCUGCUCUUCUCCAGCCACACCGACAUACGCCGCAUCUCCCUGGAGACCAACCACAACAACCAGCCCCUCCCACUGCAGGGGGUAGAGGAGGCACUGGCCAUUGACUUCGACAUCAAUGAUAAUCGCAUCUACUGGACCGACGUGGGACGCAAGAGCAUCACCCGUGCAUUUAUGAAUGGCAGUGCACUGGAACACAUCAUCGAGUUUGGCCUGGACUACCCCGAGGGGAUGGCGGUCGACUGGGUGGCUCACAACAUCUACUGGGCGGACACUGGCAAGAACCGGAUCGAAAUGGCCCGACUCGAUGGCUCGUCCAGGAAGGUCCUCAUCUGGAGGGAUCUCGAGAACCCACGAGCUCUGGCUCUCGAUCCACCGAAUGGAUACAUGUACUGGACUAUUUGGGGAAAUGAGCCGAAGCUGGAGAGAGCCGCUCUAGAUGGAAGUGAGCGCACAGUGCUGGUUUCAGAUCUAGGACGGGUUCAGGACAUCACCAUUGAUUACAUUGAGCGUCGACUCUUCUGGGCUGAUCUUGACACGAAGAAAAUUGAGUCAUCUGAUUUGUCAGGUAACAACAGAAUCCAGGUUAUACAGAGCCAACUUCCGCACCCUAUGGGUCUGACUCAGUAUCAGGACUUUGUGUAUUGGACAGACUUCAGCCGCAAGUCUAUUGAACGAGCCAACAAGACCACUGGCAGCAACAGAACCAUGAUCCAAGGAGGAGUCAACUAUGUCAUGGACAUACUGGUCUACCAUACUUCUAGACAGUCAGGCUGGAACUCGUGUGGCGUGAAUAAUGGCGGCUGCUCUCACCUGUGUAUGGCUCACCCCAAAUCAACCACGUCAAACAUCACACACCACUGCUCCUGUCCCACACACUAUACUCUCAACUCGGACAACAAGACAUGCUCAGCACCCAAGCGCUACCUGCUUCUGAGUCAGAAGAACGCCAUCAGUCGCCUGGCGAUGGGCGCAGAUGACCCGGAGUCGGUGGACAACCCUGAGGUGAUGCUGCCCAUCCACGGCCUGCGCAAUAUCAAGGCCCUGGCGUACGACCCUGUGGCCGACUACAUCUACUGGAUCGACGGGCGGCAGAAAACAAUUAAACGAGCACACGAUAACGGAACAAAGAUUGAAGUGGUGGUCAAUAACCCACACCUGAAGAUCCAGCCAUUUGACCUGGCCGUUGAUCCGUACUCGAGAACCAUCUACUGGACGUGUUCUCAGAACAAUGUCAUCAACGUCACCCGAAUUGACAUGACGUCCAUUGGAGUGGUCAUCGACAAAACCAACAACAAGCCGAGGUCGAUUGUUCUGUAUCCAGAGAGAGGAUAUAUGUACUGGACUAACACCCUGAGUAUGGCUCGUAUCGAGAGUGCGGCUAUGGAUGGGACAGAGCGCACCACUCUGUUUAAUGUUGGACUCGGACAUCCGGUCGCUCUUACUAUCGACAAGAAGAGCGGCAAGCUGUUCUGGGCAGACACUGACCUCAAACGGAUAGAGAGUUCCGACCUCGAGGGAGGUAACCGCGAAGUUCUUCUCGACGGGCUGACGGGAAACCCUCGGGGACUGGCAACGUACGGGAACUUCCUCUACUGGCUCGACCGUGGCAAUCAGCUCGUGGAGAGGAUCCACAAAAGCAGGGGAGACAAGCGGUCAUGGGUGCGGGGUCGCAUUCCUGGACUCAGCGAUUUGAUUUCCGUGGAGAAUUCCUUGCAGGAGCCAAAUCACCCAUGUUCACACCACAAUGGAGGCUGUUCGCAUCUGUGCCUGGCGAAGGGAAACAGCGAGUUCCGAUGCUCGUGUCCGUUGAAUCUGGAGCUGAAAUCAGACGAGCUGACGUGCGCCGACCCGCCCACGUGUCCCCCAGAUCACUUCACGUGCAAGAGCGGAGACAUCCGAUGUAUUCCCCAGGUGUGGCGCUGCGACAAGCUGCCGGAAUGCGAAGACAAUUCCGAUGAAGAAGACUGCCCGCGCUGCUCGCAACAGUCAGAAUUCCAGUGCACGAACGGCCAGUGCAUCCCGAUACAGCUGUUCUGCGACGGAAUGCGACAGUGUAACGAUGGGAGUGAUGAAGAACAGUGCUGUAAAGAUGGCGAACACCGGUGUCUGAAUCACCAGUGUAUCGACAAGUCUUUGCUCUGCAAUGGGCAGCACGACUGUACCGACAAGUCGGACGAAGAGAACUGCUCACAGACUGGCGCCAACGUCGGGCAGCCCAACGCUACCCACUACGCAAUAGCCAUCGUCGUCGGCCUCGUGUUCCUCAUCCUCGUCGUGGCGCUGGUGUUCGUGUGUCGGCGCAAAACCAGCCACAUACCGCUGGAGGACGUCGACCUGAUGGUGAUCAAGAAACCGCUGAAUCCUCAUUCGGACCAGACAACGCCCGGCAACACGCUGUCAUCGCGGGGCAAGUCGAUGGUGAUCGGGCUGUCGAUGGGCUCGGGAAGUGGGCCACCACUCUACGACCGCAACCACGUGACCGGUGCGUCGUCCAGCAGCUCCACGGUGACCCACUACCCGAAGGAGACAUUAAAUCCACCCCCCAGCCCCGUGACUGACCGGUCGGUGUACGCGGAGGACUGCUAUUACUCAUCCAACAGUCUGUCGACGGUGCGGUCGUGUCGGCAGUACAAAGCACACUUCACGAAGGCGCAUAAGAUGCGCAAACACAUUCCACCGCCCCCGACGAGCCCCUGUAGUACAGACGUUUGUGAGGACAGUGAACCGUACAAUGCAGCGGCCAAAAAAUACUACUUUAAUAACUCAGUGGUGGAACUCGGGUACGACUCCGACCCUUACCCUCCCCCGCCCACCCCGCGGAGUCACUACUUCUCCGACGAAAUGAGCUGUCCCCCUUCACCGUCCACAGAACGCAGCUUCUUCAACCCGUACCCACCCCCACCAUCACCUGUCGGUACAUCAGACUGCUGACACCCAGCUGUUGUGAAACAUCGAUUCAUGUGACCGUUAUAACAAGUGUUGAUCAUCCAAUCAUAAGGAUCAUAUGAAUUUUUUUUUUUAAUUCUUCCAAUCAUGCGGCUUGUUACAUUUUAAGCCAAACGUGUUGCUUGGAAUAGUGUCUGUCAUUGGUGAAAUAAGAAUGGAUGUAUUACUUACAAAAAUGGUUGUUACCUCUGAAUACUUAUAUUCCAAGUUGAAUUUUAUUCAGAACUGUUCACAUGUUUUAUGUUAUGAAUAUUUCACUUUUAAAGAAGGUUUGUUAAGAUUAAUUUCUAACAGCCAAGAGCAGUUGUAUAUGUUUGAAAACAGACCGCCAGACUGUUGUAUAUAUAUUGUGAAUUAUUGCGUAAAUCCUUCAUGAAUAUAUUUUGUUUGUAUUCUCAGGGAAAUGCUUCGAGCCAAAAAUAUUUUUAGUUCUUGAUAAAAAAAAAAACUUAUUUGAUAUCUUAACAAAGUUUUAAUUUAUCAUGUAAUAUUAUAGAUUUCAGCACAUUUUCAAAUUGGAAUGGAUGUCCAAAAAUGGCAAGUACCUGUUUAGAGUGAAAUACAUGCAUGGUAGAUA